AGCGAGAAAAAAUGGAUGAAGAAAAGGGUCUAGUUUGUGUAACAGGUGGAGCUGGAUUCAUCGGCUCAUGGCUGGUUAUGAAGCUUCUGCAACAUGGUUACACUGUUCGAACUACUGUUAGACCUGACCCAGAAUGCAAGAGAGACAUCAGCUACCUCACAAGCCUACCAGGAGCAUCAGAGAAGCUUCACAUCUUUAGUGCAGAUCUCGACCAACCUGAAAGUUUCAAUGCAGCAAUUGAAGGAUGCAUUGGAGUCUUCCAUGUUGCUCAUCCUAAUCCUCUGAAAGAACAAGAUGAAGAAAUUGUAACAAAAAAAUCAGUAGAAGGCACCCUAGGCAUAUUGAGAGCCUGCCUGAAUUCCAAGACCGUGAAGAGGGUUGUAUACACUUCUAGUGCAUCAACUAUUUCUCAUAGUGGAACCAACAAAGACAUGGUGGAUGAGAGUACAUGGACUGACGUUGAAUUUCAUAGGUCUCUGAAAGUAUAUGGGACUUCGUAUGUGGCUGCGAAAACCAAGACAGAGCAAGCAGCUCUGGAAUUUGGGGAAAAUAAUGGCCUGGAAAUAGUCACUUUGAUCCCUCCAUUAGUGAUUGGUGGAUUUCUCUGCAAAACACUCCCUAGCUCAAUAAGUCUGUUCCUAUGCAUGAUUCUAGGAAAUGAGCAUAACUAUGAAUAUCUCAAAAACAAAAGUAUGGUACACGUAGAUGAUUUGGUAAGUGCACAUAUCUUUCUUUUCGAAAACCCUAAUGCAAAAGGGAGGUACAUUUGUUCAUUAGCUCAGGUAUCCUUAGAGGACAUGUCUCGAUUUCUCACUGCAAAAUACCCUGAAUAUCAAAUACCGACAGCUGAUUCCUUGAAGGGCAUUGAAGGUCACAAAACGUGUGGGUACUCAUCGGAGAAGCUCCUGAAGUCUGGAUUCAAAUUUAAGCAUGGGCUCGAAGACAUGUUUGAGGGUGCAGUUCAAUCUUGCAGAGAAAAGGGAUUUCUAUAAAUAAUUUUCGCUAGUUUGUUUCUUAUUUGUUUUUUAUUACUCACUAGAGAGGUAUUGGCUUAGUCUCCCGCCCCCUCCUCUGCUCUUUUAUUUUUCUUUAAAUAAAUUUUUGAGCAACAAGGAGAUUUAUUGCCUCUCUUAUUCCUCUAUUCAGACGACCAAA